AUGACGUCAAUAAUCCUUGAACGUGAUGUACACGCUGAACGAAACGCUGACCAGCAUUUUGACACGAAAGUCAAUGCCCGACAGGGGGGGCCUCAUUUUGGGUCAAAUUUCCCACUGUACGGAAAAAUACCCGGGGUAUGCCAGGGGAGUGGGAGGUUUUGGAAUUGACUGGUAAAUAAUGUAACCCUUGUUAGAAGUUUAGUUCCGUCUUUUGCGCAUGCUAGCUAGAUGGAUUAAGCCUCGAUACUGAUAAACAUUCGGCUGGUGCACGAUAUACUUAGCGAAGCGAAUAGGUUCGAUACUGAUAAACAUUCGGCUUUUGCGCAUGCUAAAUAGAUUAGGCUCGAUAGAUACACGAUAUACUUAGCGAAUAGCAAGUCUUUUGCGCAUGCUAGCUAGAUAGAUUAAGGUUCGGUACUGAUAAACAUUCGGCUGGUGCACGAUAUAUAGCGAAUAGCAAGUCUUUGGCGCAGGCUAGCUAGAUAGAUUAAGGUUCGGUACUGAUAAACAUUCGGCUGGUGCACGAUAUACUUAGCGAAUAGCAAGUCUCGAGUUACGUCACAAAGAACACAACAAUGAUCCUUAUCCCUUUCACAAUAACACAAUAGACUUCACACAAUAGAACAAGACAAUUGUGCAUAUUGCCUUGGUAUAUCGAGCAUCCUCCAAACAUUCGCUCAUUUGUUUAAUACUCACUUUUAACUGAGUCUGGAUUUCUAAUUUCUUUGGAAUAGCAACAUCAGAUACAGAAGCAGCAACAACCGACCAGGGUAACAGCAAGUCAGCUGACAAGUGGAUUCCUGCGAUUGCGAUUUUGACGUCUGGACUGGCCUUGUUUUUGAUUUAUUAG